AUGACACAGAAAGGCAAUGACGGGCAAGUGGACUGGGUCGGAAAUGGNAAAAACGCCAUCAGACGAUAUGAGCUCUUUUGGUUGCCAUUUGCUUCAAGAUUUGGCUCAUCGCCCGCCCUCCAAGCAGCUCCAUUGGACAUCGCAUGGGUCUGGCACGUACACAUGUUGGCUCCAUUUUACUACGAGCAGGACUGCCUCAAUAUUGUAUCCACAGUGUUGGAUCACGCUCCCUUAAACAGCACACAAAGAAACUUAUCCCUCCUCUCAACAAGGCAUCGGUGGAUUAAAACAUAUCCAGGAGAGCCUUUUGAAGUAGAUCUUACAAAUCCUCCGCCAGUGUUCGCAGAAUAUCGAUCCAGGAUUCAGUACAAUCUGGAAGAAGCUUGCUACCGUCAGUUCAAGUUUUAUUACCAAGUUUCCUUGCCACACUACAGUGACGACUUGUUUCUCAACAGCGCUGUGAAGCGUUAUGAGCACCAUCUGCAGCUAAAGAGGCUACACCCUGAGGUAUUCAUGGUUCCUUGCUAUGAUUUUGACCUAAUCUGGCACGCCCAUCAACUUCACCCAUUAAAUUACAAGCACGCGACAAAAGAAUUGCUUGGAAAGCCGUUACACCACGAUGAUAGAGCAACAGGUCGAACCCCAGGAUCUAAAUUAUACGAUGCUGAAAUUAAGACGAGGUCGGUGUGGGAGAAGGCAGGGUUACGCUUUCCGAAAGCAGGUGCCAUGUACAGAGGUGAUCCACCUGAUCCUAGUCCAACGACACCUAAUUGGCUUUAUGCUCCUCUUGCACGGUCUGAAUAUGCGUGUGAAAUUCAGCGAAUCCAAGCAUCCUUAAACAGCAGGAAAAAUUUCCUUCUUCGAGUGGACAGCAAGAUAGGAAAGCCACUUUUUUCUCAGAAUUUCAAAGGUGGUUUUCUGGUAGCUGCGGCUAUCCCGCGAAAGUUUAAGUUUGACAAUCAAUCCAAGCACAUCAUCAAUAUCUGCCUUUUUAAGAAGAAGCUGUUUGGUAAGAAGUUGAUCGCCGAGAGUCAACUAGACCUCCUUCCCUAUUUUGAGGCGGUUCCAUUUGACGAUACUGCACCUGAUCUGCAGAUCACCAUUGAUGUUCCCCUAAAUGGAGGACAGUACACUGCAAAGCUUACAAUCGAUAUUGAUCAACCACCAUCCAUCAUGAAGUACUGCUUUGACAUUCAGCCCGAGGUAAAUUUUACCCCCAGUGACCACCCAUCCAUGAUCCUUAGCUGUCCACAGCUGAUACUCUCUCCCAACGAUCUGGCUAAGUCACAUUUGGCAUGUGAUUAUUCCAGCCACCCUGUCCUUGACUGGAAAGGUAAUCGAGUGUUCACCUGCCGCGUUGUUCACUCGUCAGAUGCUUCGCUAUCUGCAGUAGAGAUUAUUAACACCCGUGAUCACGUUGUGGCAUCAGCUCACACACUCAGUCCAAAUACGUUUCCAGAACGAAUUGCUGUUGAGGAUCAAAGGAAGAACAUUUUUCUGAACAAGGAUGAAGGUGAGAGAGCCAUGCUGAUCCGGGGUAACAAGGAUUGGGCAGUCUGCAUUGGUAUGCUGCGGAUAAUGAACCCAGCCAACAGGGGAAGAGGGAAGUGGAAGCAGUAUUUUGGUGGAAAAAAGCAGAAGCAGCAACACUACGUGAGCAUAAAGGUCUACAAUCUGUUUGGCGCACGAGGCUGGUGCUCAGUUCGAAAAUCAAAGGGUGGAUUGUUCCUGGUUAAAGUUGAUUCUGACACCCUGGUGCGAAUAGAUCUUCUGAGGAAUAGAGUUGUGAUCUCCCCUCGUGCUCAACACAUUCCUGAGAUUCUUGCUUUGGCAUGCUCAAUCUCUAUCUUGUAUCUUCUUUGUAUGCCCAUGCCUCAGUCUCACACUUCAUCGACUAACGUCUCUCCCUCAUUGUACACCGCCGGAUACUUGAGUAAAAAAGUACCCAGAAAUGUUUACCAACCUGUGAUGGAUUUGAUUGAGAAAGUCCUCGAUUUCAGCGAAGAUAUUUCUUUUGAAUGGAUCCAGUGGGAAAAUGCUGCCUCUGACAGUGUCUCAGAUGGAUGUGGUUCGGAUGGAGAAGGGGGUGCAUGUAUUGGCACGGGUGAUGGUAUCGGUGGAGGCUGUGUUGGAAGUGAAGAUGGUGGAGGCUGUGUUGGGGGCGAUAGUGGUGGAGGAUGCGUGGGUGGAGGAGAUGGAGGUGGUGACGGUGGUAGUGGAUGUGGAGCAGGGGGUGGCUGUGGUGGAGGGGGAUGCGGAGGUGGAUGUGGCGGCGGCGGCGGCUGUGGUGGUGGUGGAGAUUAAUUGAGCUGUUCUGUUUGCAUUUCUUUCAGUGAUUUUAGGGGUGGCAGUGACGUUUGAGGAUUUCUUUGCUGCCUCUCCGUAUUAAGCCCCGGUUUGUCAUUGGCAAAACUUUAUGGUGGGGGUUGCUUUGGUUGUGUUGGUGGAGAUAGGGAGUGGCCAUAGACGAAUCUUGAAGAAUCUUCCUAUGGCUAUUAGUGGCAUUUUUUUUUUCGGCUGCUGAGUUUCUUUAGUAGAGAUUAAUCACCUUAAGAUAAAGUUGCAAGACGAGAGUACAAAAUAGAACUCAUGCUUGGACAACGCCUUAAGCUCAUGUGUUAAGCACUGGGUAAGCAAAUUGCCUAUUAUCCUAGACGUGAGCACCUUACUUGUAUCGGUAUAUCUGCGACAUAAGAGCUGGACAGAGGGAGUCAUUCAGCCGCUACCAAGCUAUUCAUAUAACAUAGACGCUUCAAAAUAGGUCGUUGUCUUUACCAAAAGUGGAACCGAGAGCAUCGUGUCAAAGGAAUACAUGAAAACGAUUAGCAGAAAUUUAUAAUACUAGAAGUCUGCAUCUGUGGUAUUGGCUCUCGUGCUACCAAAUCACCUGAUUAUGUCAUUAAUAGAACUUUUAUCGGCGAACCAGUAGCUAAUCACGUUGAACCAUUUUUUAAUCGGCAUAAGUGAUUGGUUCGAUUUCAGAAGGACGUGCUUACUAUUGUGCGUACAAAUGAUAAUCAAUAGUAUUUUGAUUUCCAGCUCAGUGUAAGUCAAUUGAGACGAGCAAUAAAUAAUAUGUAAGCUU